AUGAAAUUCUCCCUUCUCUUAACGGCCGGGUCUCUUGCCUGGGCCAGUCCUUCAACCCCCAAGCUGGACUACAACCAAGCUCCUCCCAACCUGUCAACCCUAGCCAACCUCACCAUCUACAACACAUGGCGUCCACGAGCUCACGUCUUACCACCCACUGGGCAGAUUGGAGAUCCUUGUAUGCACUACACCGAUCCCAAGACUGGACUCUUUCACGUUGGUUACCUACAUGAGGGUGCUGCUGGCGCCACAACGGAUGAUCUGGUUACCUACAAGGACCUCAACCCAGGCGGUGCACCUUUUAUCCGCGCUGGAGGUCUGAACGAUCCAAUUGCUGUUUUUGACGGAUCAGUCAUCCCCGUCGGUAUCAAUGGAACGCCCACGCUCUUCUACACCUCAGUCUCAUACCUCCCCAUCCACUGGACUAUCAACCACACCCGCGGCGCCGAGACUCAGUCCCUGGCUGUAUCUACAGAUGGAGGACGUAACUUCACAAAAGUUCGAGGCGGUCCCGCAAUUCCGGAUCAACCUUUUGCACUCAAUGUGACAGCUUUCCGUGAUCCCUUCGUUUUCAAGAACAAGGAGCUUGAUAACCUUUUGGACAGCGAACCAGACGUAUGGUACAGCGUGAUCUCUGGAGGAGUCCACCAAAAGGGCCCUAGCAUGUUCCUUUACCGUCAGUAUGACCCUGAGUUCCAGUACUGGGAGUACAUGGGCGAGUGGUGGCACGAAAAAGCCAACACGACCUGGGGCGAGGGUAUCUGGGCCGGACGCUACGGCUUCAACUUUGAGGUCGCCAACAUUUUCAGCGUCGACGAGGAGGGUUACAACUCUGAUGGCGAGACUUUUAUCACUUUUGGUGCCGAAUGGUCCGAGGCACCAGCACCUACUCAGGUCUCACAGUUCCGCGAGAUGCUCUGGGCUGCAGGAAACACCACCAUGGAGAAGGGCAAGGCCAAAUUCACCCCCACAAUGGUUGGCAAGAUGGACUGGGGACACUCUGCUUAUGCUGCUGCUGGCAAGUAUCUGCCCUCUGACUCAAAGGCAUCAAAGAAGAGCGGAGCACCAGACCGAAUCAUCAGCUACCUGUGGCUUACUGGAGACUACUACGGUGAUCUGAAGCUGUUCCCAACUGCACAGCAGAAUUGGACUGGAGCCCUCUUGCUUCCUCGUGAACUCACUGUCGGCAAGAUCAGCAACGUCGUCGAUAACGAGCUUUCUCGUGAGGAGGGCUCAUGGCGCGUUGAUAGAAAUGAGUCAGGUAUCCUGGAACUCGCUACCAUGAAGCAGGUUAUUGCUCGCGAGCCCAUGGCUGAGUUCACCAAGGUGAAGCCCAUCAUUGAACCAGGCCGAAACAUCAGCAAGUCGGGAUCAACUACGUUUGACAACAACCCCGACUCGAAGUUCUAUGUUCUCAAGGGAUCCAUCUCCUUCCCCAAGUCUGCCCGCGACUCUGACCUCAAGGCUGGUUUCCAGAUCCUAGCCUCUGAGAAGGAGUCUACGACUAUCUUCUACCAAUUCUCCAACGAGUCUAUCAUCAUUGACCGCAGUAACACCAGUGCUGCGGCUCUUUCAACCAGCGAUAUCGACUCUCGAAAUGAAGCUGGUCGACUUCGUCUGUUUGAUGUCGUUAUCGAUGACGAAGAGCAGAUUGAGACUUUGGAUCUUACAAUUGUUGUUGAUAAUGCUAUGGUCGAGGUCCAUGCUAACGAUCGAUUCGGCGUCGCCACCUGGGCUCGUUCCUGGUAUGCCUUUUCAACCGACAUUCGCUUCUUCCACAGUGGAAGUGGUGAUGUGACAUUCAGCAAUGUGACGAUUUAUGAGGGUCUUGCCAAUGCUUGGCCAGAAAGAAAACGAUAG